AUGCCUGAGGCGGCUUCGUCAUUCACCUCUCUUCUUGCGUCUUCGCUCAACAACGCCAUUCCAAACACACUUGUUGCCCGCAGAGGUGGCUCAGGUGGCUGUCCAGCUAUCUGGAACAACAUCUCUUCUGACCUCACCACCUCAUUCUUGGGCUCUGAUGGCCAAUGCACUGAUCUCGCGAGAGCUGCUAUCAGAUUUGCAUUCCACGAUGCCGGACCAUACUCAUCAAAGACAACUUUCUACGCACCUGCUGCAGGCGGCGCUGACGGGUCACUUCUGCUGAACGCAGACGAGAUUAACCGUCCAGAGAACGGAGGACUAGGCCCCUACCAUGAUUGGCUGAUGGCCAAGUAUACUUCGUACAACCAAAAGGCCACAGUUGGUGCUGCAGACCUGAUUCAGUUUGCUGGAGCACAUGCUGUGCUCACGUGUCCUGGAGGCCCCAAGAUCAAGACCGUCGUCGGCAGGACAGACUCCAGCACAAUCGCCCCUGAUGGCUUCCUUCCUGCCGGAUUCGGUCCCAACUCAUCUCACGAUAUUUUGUUCCAACUUUUCCUCGACAAGGGAUUCAGUGCCAGAGAUUUGGCGGCUCUGAUCGGCGCACACUCAACCAGCAAGGCAUUCACUCAACAAGCCAAUGGUAUCCCUGAAGGUGGUCAGCAAGAUUCCACACCCGGCCGCUGGGAUAUCGAUUACUACGCUCAGGUCAACAACCCUCCAGCCGGCAUCUACCGCUUUCAGUCCGACAUCAACCUCUCCAAUGCAUCAACGACCGUGGGCAAGCAGUUCCAGGGCUUCGUUGGAAACCAGGGCAAGUGGACAUCCUCUUUCGCCGAUGCCAUGGCCCGCUUGAGUGUGUUGGGUAUUCCUUCGUCCGCGCAAGCCAACUUCAUUGACUGCACGAGCGCAUUGCCCAGGGGUACAUCUUCGAAGAGAGACAUCCGCGCUGCUCCGAUCAAUGAUCGCGUACGAUAG